CCGGACCAGUUCGAUACAACGCUCGCUCAACCUGACCGCUUUGUACCAUCUGACCGGUUCCUCGUCGCUCAGCCCGGUGGUCAUUGGCAGCGUCCUGGGCUACUCCGGCGCAGGCCAGCAUGGCCGGCCCGCUGCGUCCACAUAACGCGCUUCCAGAAGACUUGGUUGGGCUCGGCGCUUGCCGUGGCCGCCCUUGUGGGCAGCCAGUUGAGCGGCUUCCUCAUCGAGCGCUUCGGACGCAUGCAGCCCAUCCAGCCCUCCAUGGCGGCCUGCAGCGACCACAUAACGCCUUCCCAGGGAACUUGGUUGGGAUCGGGGCUCGCCGUGGCCGCCGUCGAGGGCAGCCUGGUGAGCGGCUUCCUCAUCGAGCGCUUGGGACGCGUGAGGUCCAUCCAGGUGUCGUCGCUGGGGUUCAUGGGCGGCCUCCUCUGCACCGCGCUGUGCAACGCCAGCCUUCCGUGGAUGUUCGCGGGUCUCGUGCUCACCGGCUUCUGCUGCGGCCUCGUCUCGCUCGCGGUUCCCGUUUGGCCAUCACGCUGGACGUGCUGGUCGCCUUCGUCGACGGCAAGUGGCUCGACUGGCUGGCCCCGCUCUGCUGAGUGCCGUGCGCCCCGUGCUCAUGGCCGUCUCCACGGGGUUCGCCAUCGAGUCCGCCAGCUGGCAGGUGAACCACGGCCGACGCGACGAGGCGCUCGACGCUCUGCAAUUCCUGUGCGGGCCAGCGUUCUGCGCCGAAGCCGAGUGCCUUAUCAACGGGACAUCUUGCUUCAUCAGCCAGCAGGAUCGGUGAAUUCGGCCGCUGACUGCACGAUUACGGUGAGCGUGGUGCGAGUAAUCUCGUCGCUCGCAGCAUCGCUGCUCAUACACCGCGCAAGUCGCCGCUGCCUCAUCCUUGCCUCGUCUCUUAUUGUGACGACCAGCCUGACGGUGUUGGGCUUCUUCUACUAUUACAAGGACAUGGACAAUGGAGAAUUCCGCCAAUUCCAUCCUUAUGUGCCGCUCGCGUCGCUCACGGCGUAUAUGUAUACGUAUGGGUGACAAGGCCUUUAUCAUGCAGGCAAAUGUGCUGCUUUUAGCUUUGCCAUCCAAGAACUUCCAUGUCUCCGAAGCAAUACUAGAUAAAUAAAAAAAAUUUUAAAC